CCAAUUCUGCUUCAUUUAAUCUUUGCUUUCUUUCUUCUGGCAUUUAGCAAGCAUAUAUGAGAGCAAGAUAUUUGCCAGUUUUAUUCACUGUAGUAUUCACAGAGCCUAGAACAGUGCCUCAAAGAUGGCACUCAAUAAUAGAUAUAUGUUGAACAAUACAUGAAUGCAGUUUUUAUCUGUUUUGUUGAUACUUUGAUCUUGUGUAUUCAGCAAAAUUUGUGAUGCAUUUUUAUAACUCUUGUACUGUUACCUUUAUAUGUAUCAAUGCUGAAUACCCAGUUCUGUUGUAGGGUUCUUCAGAAGAGGGACUGUGUCUUGCACUUUGUAAAUAUCCCCUCAACACCUGAGAGAGUGCCUUGAACAAAAUGAAUCGGACAAAGGGUGAUGAGGAGGAAUAUUGGAACAGCUCCAAGUUCAAGGCUUUCACCUUUGAUGAUGAAGAUGAUGAGCUCUCACAGUUAAAGGAAUCCAAGAGAGCAGUGAAUAGUCUUCGCGACUUCGUGGAUGAUGAGGAUGACGAUGACCUGGAGAGAGUCAGCUGGAGUGGGGAACCUGUGGGAAGUAUCUCAUGGUCCAUCAAAGAGACUGCUGGUAAUAGUGGGUCAAGCCAGGAGGGGCGUGAACAGCUAAAGAGUCGGAACAGCUUCUCCACCUACGCACAACUACCCAAACCUACUUCUACCUACUCCCUGAGCAGCUUUUUUAGAGGGAGAACUAGACCUGGAAGUUUCCAGUCCCUUUCUGAUGCUCUGUCGGACGUACCUGCCAAAAGCUAUGCUCCAGAGCUGGGCAGACCCAAGGGGGAAUACAGGGAUUACAGCAAUGACUGGAGCCCCAGUGACACAGUGUGGCGCCUCCGGAAGGGCAAGGUCUGCUCUCUAGAACGAUUCCGCUCCUUACAGGACAAGCUACGACUCCUGGAGGAAGCAGUCAGCGUGCACGAUGGAAACGUCAUUACUGCAGUUCUGAUCUUCCUGAAAAGGACACUGAGCAAAGAGACCCUCUUCCGAGAGCUGGAGGUGCGACAGGUUGCCCUGAGACAUCUCAUUCACUUCCUUAAAGAAAUAGGGGAUCAAAAGCUGCUUUUGGACCUCUUUAGGUUCCUAGAUAGAACAGAAGAGCUUGCGCUGUCUCAUUAUCGUGAGCACUUGAACAUUCAGGACCCUGAGAAACGAAAAGAAUUUCUUAAGACCUGCAUUGGUUUGCCAUUUUCAGCAGAAGAUUCUGCACAUAUUCAAGACCAUUACACCCUCCUGGAACGCCAAAUCAUUAUUGAGGCAAAUGAUCGACAUCUAGAAUCAGCAGGACAGACUGAGAUCUUUCGGAAGCACCCCCGCAAAGCUUCUAUCCUCAACAUGCCAUUAGUGACAACGCUUUUCUACUCGUGCUUCUACCAUUACACGGAGGCUGAGGGGACGUUCAGCAGUCCAGUCAACCUGAAGAAGACAUUUAAGAUCCCAGACAAACAGUAUGUGCUGACGGCCCUGGCUGCCCGCGCCAAGCUUCGAGCCUGGCAUGAUGUCGAUGCCCUCUUUACCACAAAGAACUGGCUGGGCUACACUAAGAAGAGAGCACCCAUUGGCUUCCAUCGGGUUGUGGAAAUUUUGCACAAGAAUAGUGCCCCUGUCCAGAUACUACAAGAGUAUGUUAAUUUGGUGGAAGAUGUGGACACAAAGUUGAACUUAGCCACCAAGUUCAAGUGCCAUGAUGUCGUCAUUGAUACUUGCCGGGACCUGAAGGACCGUCAACAGUUGCUAGCAUACAGGAGUAAGGUGGAUAAAGGAUCUGCAGAGGAGGAGAAGAUUGAUGCCAUUCUGAAUAGCUCGCAAAUUCGAUGGAAGAAUUAAGUGGCAUUGGCUACCCUGAAACCUGCCUCAUUUCUUCCUUUCCUGCCUGUGAAAGUAGAGCGUGCUAUUCAUUGGGAGAGUUACAGUACCACUCAUCGCUUGGACCCAUCAUCAACAGGCAGUGCCUGCUACUCUGAGGACAGAAACCAGCGCCUGGGCACAGACAGCUUCAGACUGAUCUUCUGUCCAAGGAUCAUCGUCCAAGGGCCAAGAUCUAAAGCUUUGACUCAUGAGGAAGAUUCUCUCCACCUGGUGCUCACAUGAAGGUGGGAAUAAUUUCUAGAUUGGGCCCAUAUUGGGCAAGAUCUCUCUUGGUCUGAGAAAAAUGACUGCUCUAGAAAAGAAGUCACCUAGACUAAGAGGUCAGGUGUCAUAGAGUGGCCACUCCAUUCCUCUCUGCUAAUUAUGACCCUGGACUUGGUGCUGGACAUUGGCAGUUCUGCUCUGAAUGAAAUCAGAAAAGAACCAAAAUGGCUCUCUCCCAAGGGACCUCAGGAAGGGGUGCCAGUAAUAGCCAGGAACUGUUGGAGGUGCCUUCACACCAGACUGCACAGAGUUCUCCACAUAAUGACAGAGAUUGCCCAGAUGUUGUGUUUCUUCAACCAGUGCCCUCUGAUGCCCCAGUCUAGCCUCUGUCCAAGACUUGUGGUUCUUCUCUCACCUGCAUACCAAGAUGGCCUUGUGUGGGUGAUAAGGACAUCCCCGUUUUCUUUUCCUCUACUUCUCCCACCCUAAACCCAUAACCUUUUAUGGAGCUCAGAUUCAGCAGUGCUGUAGUGCUCUUCCCUUAUGCACAAAUCUCAUUAUUUCACUAGGAGCUUCCAGAAGGUUCACCAGGGCUAAACUCAGCAGCAUUUCAGACGGUUAGGAUAUUAGGAUGAAGGUUUGAGUUUCACACAUGGUUUUCUACAGGAUAUUCUGUAGUACUAGCCUCCUGCCCUGUACCAAUAUUAGCCUCUCAUCUCUGUGAAUCUCUGUGACUGAACUGGGUUUCCCCGACAUGCCUAGGCUCUAUUAAUAAAGCUUUUUCCUCCUUGGUGCCUUCUCUUUCCCUCCCAGUUGUUUUGUGCAGAACAAUGAAAUAAUUGCCCUGUCUCUUGGGACCACUAGAAACCUGCCUCAGUGACUGCAUUCAGUAUCUGUCAACAUAAGUCAUGGAGUAAUGGUGUUUGUGGCAAAGUACGGCUGUGUGGUUAACGGAGCACUGAGCUGGGAGACCAAAGACCUGGCCUCUUGUCUCAGUUCUACCGCUGAUAAGCUGUGUGGUGUUGAGUGAAUCCCUUUCUCUCUGGACUCACUAUCUUAACCUGUCAUAGGAUAGUGUGUUUCUCUCAGAGCUUGUAGAAUUAUAUGCUCCUGUGGAGUUGGUGAAGUUUUAGAGGAAAAGGAGAUGUAUAGAAGCACACAGCAGGGGGCGCCUGGGUGGCUCAAUUGGUUAAAAGUCUGUCUUUGGCUUAAGUCAUGAUUUCCUGGUGCUGGGAUAGAGCCAGGCAUCGGCAUCGCAUUGGGCUCCCUCCUCAGUAAGGAGUCUGCUUCUCUCUCCCUCUGCCCCUCCCCACGGCUCGUUCUCUCUCUUUCUCCCAAAUAAAUAAAUAAAAUCUUUAAAAAAACAAACCAGCAGGCUUUAAGGCAUGCGGUUCUCAACUGGGGACAAUUUUGCCCUCCGGAGACCCGUGUCAAAAUCUGGAGAUGCUUUGUUGCUACAACAAGUGGGUGUACUAGCAUCUAGUGGGUAGAAGCAAGAAUGCCGCUAAACAUCCUACAAUGUAGGACAGCCCCCUCCAACAAAGAAUUAUCCUGCCCAGAAUGUCAGUAAUGCAAACCUGCUUUAAGGUGAUCAGACUCCAUCUCUUGCUCCUCUACUUUGCAAUUCCAGGUAACUUCAUAGUUCCUUCUCUAAUCAUCCCUCUUGCUAUUGAAGAAACAGGAGUUUAAUUUGCUAAAUUGUGCUGAAGUUAUUGCCUGAUUGUCCAACAAACCAUGGUGGCUUUAUUAAUUAGUAUAUCAGGAUUCAUUUAGAGAAGCAGAACCAUUAGUAUGUAGUCUGUCUAUAUGUAGGAUUCAUUACAGGGAUUCAAGUAUGGCUUUGGUUAAAUAGUCUCUGGAAGGUUGUCUUCAUAUCUGUUGGUAGAGCUGGAUGUCCACAGGGCAGGCAGUGGGGAAGGGAAGGUGGAUAAAAUGUGAGGGGAAGCAAGGACAAGAUGGAGCCCAUGAGGAUGGACAGGAACCCGUGUCAGUUCUCACUGCCUCUAAUGUUGAGGAAGUGGGUGUCCUGCAGCUGCUGGCCUUUGUUGCAGAGCUGAACACAAACCUGGCUCAGGAGUGUGAGAAGCUGUAGGAGGAUCCAGGGGAAAUUGUAGCAAUUGCCAGUCCAACUGCUGCCCCACACCAGCAGGGUUGCUAGCAGACAAAGUACCUGCCCUGACCUUGCAAGCAUCAACACAAACUAGCUGUUGCUUCAACUCAACCUUCCAGAUCUUGCACAAAAGUCUCUUGUGGCUAACCAGAAAUAUUCAGGGAAGGGAAUUCUGGGAAAUGUAGUUUGGCCUAGCCAACUUGACUUGUUACAAAGCCACAACCACUGGAUCCGUAUUUUUGAGAAUGUGUUAGUGAAGGAUGGGCCUAGAGUCCACACCUGUACAGGUUCACCAGUGCUGCAUGGUCAUGCUGAGUGGGGAGAUUUUGAACUUUUUCCUUCAGAACAAUAACAUCACAUCCAACAUUAGGAUUACCUACCUACUCAGUGUUAUGAUCAAAGGAAGUAUUUUCUCAAACUUGAUAAGAACUUCCAUACUCUUCACUUCAAGUGCUAAAAUUGGGAUUGACAUAAGAGCCCUCGAAUGAUAGUCAACUAAUCUUCGACAAAGCAGGAAAGAAUAUCCAAUGGGAAAAAGAAAGUCUCUUUAACAAAUGGUAUUGGGAAAACCGGACAGUGACAUGGAGAAGAAUGAAACUGGAC